AUGUUGAAGAGAGGUGGGUUAAACGGAGUGAAAGUAAUUGUGAUUGGUGAUGGGAAUGUUGGGAAAUCGUCUUUGCUGCGGCGCUUCGUCACGGGCACAUUUAGUAAUCAGUACAAUAGGACUGUCGGUGUGGAGUAUAUGGAGAAGAGCGUUUGCCUCCGUCAACGUAGCACGACAGUGAACCUCUUUCUUUGGGAUACGGCUGGGCAAGAAACAGUUAGUUCUGUAAAGGAUAUCUAUUACCUUGAUGCCGCGGUGGCUAUCCUGGUUUUCAGCACCGACAGUAGCGAGAGUUUUGCGAGAAUAGAGAUGUGGAAGAGGUGCGUUGAGCGUGUGUGUGGAAGCAUACCAAUGGUUCUGUGCCAGACAAAGUUUGAUCUUGCACGGCAGGCCGCUGUAGUGGCUGAAGAGGUGGAGAAACUCGCUGUUAAGUUGCAGUUGCCUUUGUUUCGCGUCUCUACGAAGGAUGGAUUUAAUGUCACCCAGUUGUUCGAGUACGUGGCAGCAAUGUGCGUUAGCGAGGCACCGGGGGGCGAAUGUGGACCGAGCGGCAAAUUAAAGAGUGAGGCGGAUGGAAACGGCUCCACAGGUGCGGGGAACGCAGGGAAGUCAUCGAAAUCUGGUGGAGCGGGGAAGAAGUCGUCCAAAAAGUCAAAGAAGAAAAAGUGCAGUGUUAUGUAG